CAUGGAGAACUCGAAGCUGCAGCAGCGGCUGAGCCUGGAGGGCAAAAUUCCCGACAUUGAGAAGACGCUGAGCAUGGUUGACUUUUUGAUUGAGAAGCGCGGUUCAGACGAGCCCGUCAAGACCUUGUUCGAGGUCAACGACACCCUGUUUGCGCACGCAACGAUCCCGCCCACCGAGACGGUCAACCUGUGGCUCGGAGCCAAUGUCAUGCUCGAGUAUACCUUGGACGAGGCCCGAGAGCUGCUGGCGAGCAAGCUGGAUAUCGCAAAGAACAACCUGAAGGACACUGUCGAGGAUCUUGAAUUCCUGCGCGAUCAGAUCACCACUAUGGAGGUCAACACUGCGCGCGUAUACAACUGGGAUGUAAAGCAGCGUCGUCUAGCCACUGCCGCUGCAGUUGCUGCGACACCUGCCGCCUCUGCGAAAUAAGCAACCCGCUCUGCCCUAAACCUCAUCUCUUUGAAGCAGAUACGCUGGCCAUUUAUCGCUGGAUCAGCCACUACCGUAGUCGCCCUUUCAAUAAAAACCGCAUUCGCACUUGCCCGCAGGUCUUUGCA